CGGCGGCGGCGCAGCCCCGGCGGGCAGGCGGCUCCUCCCGGCCGUCAGGAUGUGGCGGACGCGGCCCGCGGCGGCUUGUGUCAUCUGCCGGAGUCUAUCAAAUAGCAGCUAUGGAAUAAAAAGAAAAUCAUCGUUUCAAAACUUUCAUCUCGUUUCCCGAAGUAUACAUCGCCCCUGCUAUCCAAGUUCAAAAUUUCAAAGACCUCUACUAAGGACAUCUGUUCAGCUGUUCUCUUCUCUUAAUCAUCUUCCUAUAAGGAAAACAAAACUCUUGUAUGUAAAAUAUGGAUUCCAGUCCCGCAGGAACUUUUGGCUAGCUAGACUAGCUUCAAGGCUUCUCAGACUUCGCUAUCUUAUAUUAGGAUCUGCUAUAGGCGGUGGUUAUACAGCCAAGAAGACGUACGAUCAGUGGAAGGACAUGAUGCCUGAUCUCGAUGAAUAUAAGUGGAUUGUUCCUGACUUCAUUUGGGAGCUUGAUGAACAUAUUGACUUAGAUAAACUUAUCAAAGCCCUUCCUGAUGCAGAUGACCUUGCCAAACUUCUGCCUGACUUUGACAAGAUUGGAGAGAGCUUCACUUCACUGAAAGGAUUUUUUUCUCCUGGUUACAAUUUGGUUAGUGAAGUCAUAGGAGCUUCUGAUCUGCUUCUGUUGUUAGGUUCUUCAGGAGAAACAGCAUUCAGAGCUACAGACCAGGGAUAUGAAAAUGACAAACAGUACAAGAAGGGCCUGCUUGGUGAACUCAUUCUGUUACAACAACAAAUCCAGCAACAUGAAGAAGAAGCACGCAGAGCUGCUGGCCAAUAUAACACGGGCUCUUCCCAGCAGAAGCGAAAGGUUUCUGACAAAGAGAAGAUUGACCAACUUCAGGAAGAACUUUUACGCACUCAGUAUAUUUGUACCACUAUUUUGAAGCUCAAAUACCAACGAAUGCUGGAGCGAUUAGAGAAAGAGAACAAAGAAUUAAGAAAAUUGGUACUGCAAAGAGAUGACAAGGGAAUUCAUCAGAGGAAGUUAAAGAAAUCUUUGAUUGAUAUGUAUUCUGAAGUACUUGAUAUCCUGUCUGAUUAUGAUGCCAGCUAUAACACUCAAGAUCAUCUACCUCGAGUGGUAGUUGUUGGAGAUCAAAGUGCGGGAAAAACCAGUGUAUUAGAAAUGAUUGCCCAAGCUCGCAUAUUCCCUCGAGGUUCUGGGGAGAUGAUGACACGUUCCCCUGUUAAGGUAACCCUUAGUGAAGGUCCCCACCAUGUGGCUUUAUUCAAAGACAGCUCUCGGGAGUUUGAUCUGACCAAGGAAGAGGAUCUUGCAGCUUUGAGAAAUGAAAUAGAAAUCAGAAUGAGAAAUAGCGUAAAAGAAGGAUGCACUGUUAGCACCGAGACCAUCUCCUUAAGUGUGAAAGGUCCUGGUUUGCAGAGAAUGGUAUUGGUUGAUCUACCAGGUGUCAUUAGCACUGUGACAUCAGGUAUGGCUCCAGAUACAAAGGAAACUAUCUUUAGCAUCAGCAAGGCCUAUAUGCAGAAUCCUAAUGCCAUCAUCCUCUGUAUUCAAGAUGGAUCAGUGGAUGCAGAACGCAGUAUUGUCACUGACUUAGUCAGCCAAAUGGAUCCCCAAGGAAAAAGGACAAUUUUUGUGUUGACUAAAGUUGAUCUUGCUGAGAAAAAUGUGACUAGCCCAAGCAGGAUCCAGCAAAUAAUUGAAGGCAAGCUUUUCCCAAUGAAAGCUUUGGGUUAUUUUGCAGUUGUUACAGGAAAAGGAAACAGCAGUGAAAGUAUUGACUCUAUUAAGGAGUAUGAAGAGGAGUUUUUUCAAAAUUCAAAGCUCUUGAAGACGUGUAUGCUGAAGGCACACCAGGUAACAACAAAAAACUUGAGUCUUGCUGUGUCAGAUUGCUUUUGGAAAAUGGUGAGAGAGUCUGUGGAACAGCAGGCAGAUGCCUUUAAAGCCACACGUUUUAAUCUUGAGACUGAAUGGAAAAACAACUACCCCCGAUUGCGAGAGCUUGACAGGAAUGAACUGUUUGAAAAAGCCAAGAAUGAGAUUCUUGAUGAAGUCAUAAGUCUGACUCAGGUCACACCAAAGCACUGGGAGGAGAUUCUUCAGAAAACAUUGUGGGAGAGGGUAUCUACUCAUGUGAUUGAGAAUAUCUACCUUCCAGCAGCACAGACUAUGAACUCAGGGACAUUUAACACCACUGUGGAUAUCAAACUGAAGCAGUGGACUGACAAGCAGCUGCCUAAUAAAGCAGUAGAGGUGGCAUGGGAGACAUUGCAAGAAGAAUUUUCCCGGUUCAUGACAGAACAAAAAGGAAAAGAGCACGAUGAUAUUUUUGAUAAAUUGAAACAAGCUGUUAAAGAAGAAAGUAUUAAACGACAUAAAUGGAAUGAGAGAGCUGAAGAUAGCCUGCGAGUGAUUCAGCACAAUGCCUUAGAAGAUCGAUCAAUAUCUGAUAAACAGCAGUGGGAUGCAGCCAUUCAGUUUAUGGAAGAAACCCUCCAAAGUCGUCUCAAAGAUACUGAAUCUGUUAUUGAGGAUAUGGUGGGUCCAGACUGGAAGAAAAGGUGGUUAUACUGGAUAAGCCGCACCAAAGAACAGAAUAUUCGUAAUGAAACAAAAAAUGAACUUGAGAGAUUAAUCAAAUGCAAUGAAGAUCAUGCAGCUUAUCUGGCAAAUGAUGAAGUGACGACUGUCAGAAAGAAUCUUGAAGCAAGAGGAGUAACAGUGGACCCAUGUCUGAUUAAAGACACAUGGCAUCAAAUUUAUAGAAGAUAUUUCCUGAAGACUGCUUUGAGCCACUGCAAUCUAUGUCGAAGAGGCUUUUAUUAUUAUCAAAGGCACUUCGUCGACUCAGAGCUUGAAUGUAAUGAUAUUGUCCUCUUCUGGCGAAUACAGCGAAUGCUGGCGAUUACAGCAAAUACGUUGAGGCAGCAGCUUACUAACACUGAAGUAAGACGCUUGGAGAAGAAUGUAAAGGAAGUGCUGGAAGACUUUGCUGAGGACAAUGAAAAAAAGGUUAAGCUACUAACUGGCAAAAGAGUUCAGCUGGCAGAGGAUCUCAAAAAAGUUCGGGAAAUUCAGGAAAAACUUGAAGCCUUCAUUGAAGCCCUCCAUCAAGAAAAAUAGAUUGUUCAAACAGCAGCAACUUUACACAAGAAUGCAGCCUUUUCCAGGAUAUCUUGCACAAGAAAACUGAAUGAAAUGGCUUUUCUGUCCCACUCUUUCCUAUCUUUUGUGGAGCACCCUGUGAUGUUGAAGGAGAAAGGAAAUAAUUUCUGAUAGUUUUGAGAAGUUCAAGUAAAACCCACGCGCUCUUAAUUUUUGAAGCUAGAUAUACAUGACAGAGGAAUCUGACUUGCGUCUUGUUGAAAUAGCGUGGGAGAUUGUCAAAGUUGUACAGUUAAAAGGGUUUUUUUUCCAUGAAAGAAAGAAAGGCUUUUAUUUUUGGCAUCUGUUAUGUAUGUUGGGGCUGGAUCAGAUCCAUAAAGUGGUUCUAAUUGUUGUCAGUUUCUGCCUGCAGAUGAUCCUGGCAAUCUAACAUAAAGUUUUAGUAACUGUAUAUACAUUAAAAUGCCCUUCUAAGUAGUGCCAUUUGUAUUUGUUAUGCUGUGUCUUGAAGCAUUCUCUGAUCACUCUGGUACAGAUAUAAAAGCAUGAUAUUGAAAAAAGUGAUCUUGAGAGGAAGUUGUGGAUUUUCUUAAACUCUUGAGAGACAUCGUCCAAGGAAUUCUUCAACUGUUUUCAAGUGAAAGUACAGACCACUAUUCACUGACACUUUAAAAGGUUUGGCUCAGGAAAUAAUGUCAACAGCUGCUCCUUUUACUGAUUCUUUCAUAAUAUAUAUUGUUACUCUGAAUCAUAACCGAUUACAUUUCAUUUUUGGGAUUGCACAGACUCUGAUUUCCUUGUUAACUCUUUCCCCUUAGUUACAAUGUAAACUGAUUUAAUGUGUGGAAUGUAGAAAGAUAUUCUAUACAAUUCCAAUUUGUCCAACCCCCUUAACUAAAAAAAGCAAAAAUAUAUUCAUUUUUCUAAUAGCUUUCAUAAGACCAAAAUUGUUGUUACACAAAUGUUAUGCACGAGAUCCCUUCAUAGCCCUUCAAUGUGAUUUCUGUUAUUUAGGACAGUAAAAAAUAGUCAGCAAGCAUAGUUUUUCUUUUAGUGCCUUUUAGUGUGACAAUAGAAAUGUUACUUCUGAAAAAUUUAAGCAUGAUUUAGGCACUGUGACAUAGCUGCCUGGUGAUUAAUCACCUCCAUAUUUUUAUGCCCACACUUUACAACCAAUUAUGAUUAAACAAACUACAUUUAUCAAAUGAACUGGAUACACUGCUGAAUACUGCUAUGGAAGAUAUUAGUCUUAAACAAGUUUGUUUUGCAGUUGUCUGAUCAUGUAGGUUGAAAAAUUGGCAUAGAUUUACUUUCCCCUCUUGGAAAAAAAAAAAAAACUUAAUUUUGAACUUUUGGCAAUUAAAAGAGAGAAGUCUGAACAUGUACUGACGCUUACUAUUUCUGUGUAGUCUCAGAGAAAAUCAUAGAAAAUUUGGUAGGGUGUUGUCCAACUGUUCAGACAUAAAAUAUUUAGUCCAGUGUAUGAAAAGUUAACAUAGAGCUAUUCAUACAAUGGUAUUGAAAGCUUAAAUAUUUCAAGUGAUCUAACUGCAUGUUUUGGCAUUUUUUUCUAUUUAAAACCAGUUUCUGAAAAUGAAUGUUUGAGGAUGGAAAAACAAAAAUUUGGGUUCUAUUAUCAUCAUCAUCUGAAUGCACGAUUCUGAGGGCAGGUUCCGUAAGUUGUAUAGCAAGAGAAAUAUGUCUGUACUCCUGUUAAAUCCCUCUUUGUAAAUAACAAACAAAAAAACAAACAAAAACCUCUUUCGCAUUUACUUAGAGAUCACUGUUUGAAACUUCUGUGUAAUGUACAUGUUGCAAAAUGUCAAAUCCAGUGGUCCAGUGUUCAUCUUUAGUGUGAUAUUAUUAUGGUUUUAGUUCUUACUUCUCUCUGCUGCUCAUCUUAGACUUAGCAUGUUGUAUUCCAUGAAAAUUAGGUAUUUAUUGAACACAAAUGUAACUGAAGGAAAAAUAAAAUGUGGGUUUUGAACACGGUGCUGUUGCACCUAAUUUAAAAGUCA